AUGAUUGUUUCACUUUUAAUUAUUAAGAACGCAAAAGUUCAUUUUAAUCUUCGACUAUGCAUGUCAUCUAUAAUUUUCCAAUAUUUAUUCUCAUUAUGCUCGCGAUUCAUCAUACUCUUAUAUCAAUUGGAGGUCUUCACAUCAAAUGGUGAUAUUGAAAGUAAUCCAGUCAUCAUUUGUUCCAGUUUGAUUCGAACUUACUAUAUGGCAAUUAUACUUUCGGGAAUUUUGAUUUUGGCUCUCGAAAGGCUAAUUGCUAGUCAUUUUAUCGCAGAUUAUGAAAUUAAAGAAAGACGUCAUCUUGCUUUUUUGUUUGUGGCAGGAAAAUCAUUCGCUUCAAUAAUUUGCUCAAUUUUAUUCACUUACGAGAUAAUCCAUUGGGGUUGUUUGGCUUCAUUAGGGUUGGCAUGUACUUUUAUAGGAGUUUAUAUUUUUUUUAAACUCGACUCAAACAACCAAGAUAAAUUUGCAAUUCUGCAGAAAAAUCAUCGUUCAGCAAAAACUCAAUAUACGUUGAGUCUAAGGUUUCAAUUGGCUGAGAAUAUUAAAUCAACACAGAUUAUCAAAAAGGCAAUUGUAAUGACAAGCUUUCAAAACAUCGUCAAUUUCGUUUUGUAUGUCUGUGCAAAUCUUGAUAUGGUUCGGGAGAGCUCAGUCACAUUGUCGCAAUGCAUAGAAACGGCUUUCAAUUGUUCAAUUGCAAUGUACGGUCUUGUCAUAGCAGUAGCUGCCAUUGUAAGGCAUCCUUACUUCGCUCAAGUACUACGUGAAGCAGAGUGGGCAGCAUUUCUCUUCCGUGAUAAACGACCGGUCAAUACAGUUGACAAUGAAACAAAUGUAUAUUUCACCACGCUGAACUCACAAUGGAACUUACAACUUGCUAAUACAAAUCAGGGAAAAAAUUUACUCAUUCUAUCCUGCGAGCGAUUCAUAGCAACCAUAUUCAUAAAAGAUUAUGAAAAGAAGGAGAGGAAGUAUAUUGGACUAAUUCUUUUAUUCCUCCUCACGUGCUUUGCUUUAACAGAUGCAUUUGCUUUCGUCUAUGAAUUGGCUCACUGGAUUCUUAUGGCUGUUUUGGGGUUCUUAUCAUCACUCACUGGUGUUGUGGUGACUUUUAAUCGCUGGCAGAGUCAGACAGCAGCUAACUCUUUUCAGACGCUUGAAUACAUACAUCGGAAAAAUGAUAGCAGAUGGAAUAAAAUCAAUUCCAUUCAUGAUCAAAGAUCUAGUUAUAGUCUUAGUUAUCGCUUUCAGUUGAACGAAAACGUUUCUUCUUUGAAGAUCAUCCGACCUUCCAUAAUAGCUCUUUUUGUAACGGAUGUUAUAUCUGUACCAUUAUAUAUAUUGGCUCAUUAUAACUUCAAACGCGAUAAUGCCAGAGAACCUUCUCAGAUAUUUGUUUUUUUAUUCAACAUAAGCGUUACUAUAAGUUCUUUGGCUGUGCCGGGGGUUAUUUGCUUUAAUUCCAAGGAUCUCAUGGCUCGUCUGAAAAACAAUAAGUUUUUAGGUUCUCUUCUCAAAUGGUACACUCCAGCAGUGAACGGAGGAAAUGUCAACGAAACCGCUGUUCAUUUCACAUCAUUACAGUCAAUGUGGGACCCAACGAUUAAGUAUAGCUUUUCUGCUCUUUGA